GCAUUAGUAACCGCAGGCAUUUGUUAUACAUCAUGUCUAACUAUACCCAACUUGAUACCACCACUCAAGGUGUGGCAACCGUGUUGUGCUGCAACUGUGGUGUGCCCAUGGAUGGCUCCACCGGAAUGGUAAUGUGUUACGACUGUAUCAAAUUAACGGUUGACAUCACCGAAGGCAUUCCUAGAGAAGCGAAUAUAUCAUUUUGCAGAAAUUGUGAAAGAUUCUUACAGCCUCCUGGACAGUGGAUCAGAGCCGAGUUGGAAUCCAGAGAGUUGUUGGCGUUGUGCUUGAGGCGAUUAAAGGGGUUGAAUAAAGUCAGAUUGGUGGAUGCAUCCUUCAUCUGGACCGAACCCCAUUCCCGUCGUAUCAGAAUCAAAAUCACCGUCCAAGGAGAGGCCAUGAACAAUACCAUCGUGCAACAAUCCUUUGAGGUGGUGUAUGUGGUUGUGGCCAUGCAGUGUGCGGACUGUGCAAAGACCUAUACCCCAAACACCUGGAGAGCCACUGUUCAAAUCAGACAAAAGGUUCCUCACAAGAGAACCUUUUUGUAUUUGGAGCAGUUGAUUUUAAGACACAAUGCCCACCAAGAUACGGUUUCGAUUCAGGAAAGUUCUGACGGGUUGGAUUUUUUUUACUCGCAGAAGAACCAUGCCGUGAAGAUGUUGGACUUUUUAACGGCAGUGGUGCCUUUGAAAUACAAAAAGUCCGAAGAAUUGGUUAGUCAAGACAUUCAGUCAGGUUCCUCCACUUAUAAGUUUGCAUAUUCGGUAGAAAUCGUACCUAUUUGUCGUGACGACUUGGUAGUUUUACCAAAGAAGUUGGCCCAUCACCUGGGUAACAUUUCCAGAGUGGUAUUGUGUUCGAAGAUCAGUAAUAUGAUCCAAUUUCUUGAUCCCUUCACCUUACAGAUGACAGAUUUACAGCCACUGAUUUACUGGAGAAAUCCGUUUUCUUCGUUGAUUAGUGUGACUAACAUGGUGGAAUUCAUUGUGUUGGACGUCGAACCAACAGGAGAAACCAGGGGAAAGCAUGUAUUGGCAGAUAUAACUGUGUCGAGAGAAAGCGACUUGGGAGUUAAUGACCAGUCAUACUAUAUCAGAUCCCAUCUAGGUGCGAUUUUGCACCCUGGAGAUUCGUGUCUCGGGUAUUUCUUAACGAACUCUAACUUUAACUCGGACUUGUGGGACUCUUUGGAUGAAAGUAACACGCCCGAAGUGGUGUUGGUGAAGAAAUUCUACCCAAGAAAGUCCAAGAAGUCCAAGAACAGAAACUGGAAGUUAAAGAGAAUGGCCAGAGAACACCAAGAUAUUGGAGGUGCCGAAGAUUCCAGACAAGCCAAACAAGAACAAGAAAGAGCCGAAAGAGAUUAUGAAUUGUUUUUGCAAGAAUUAGAAGAGGACGAAGAAAUGAGACAAGCUAUUAACUUGUAUAAGAGCACGAAUCCUCCUGUUCGCGAUGUGGAAGAAGAAAGUGAAAUGCUCGAUGAAGAAGAUGCCCCACAAAUAAAUAUUGAUGAGUUGUUGGAUGAGUUGGACGAUAUGAACUUGGAUGAUGACGACAACGAAGCAUCACCAAUAGUUUAGGACGGUUAUAGUUACGAUACUUAAUUCAUGAAUCCUCAUAGCAUUUGCAGCCG